AUGAAAAGAAAAGGUACAGGAAUCAACACUGCACGGAGAAAGAAAAAGAGCAAAAAGAAGGAAGAUGACGAAAACGAGAACACCAGCGGCAUGGUCGUGGACACAUACAGAUCCCAAUUACCUGACCUUGUUGUCGAACGAAUCCUCUCUCUAAUUUCCACCAGACUCGCUGCCCGGGCUAGCAUUCUUUCCAAGCAAUGGGCAAGAUUAUGGCUUUCAGUUCCGGUGAUUGAUCUGGAUGAGGAUGGGGCGACGCCACGCGAAGAUCAACGCUCAAAGUUCAUGAACUUCAUGAGAAGGUACUUGAAGCUCCGUGACAAAGAUACGUGCAUAGACAAACUCAGGCUUCGAAUGAGAAAUCUUGGAGGUACUGUUACCAUUACUAAGUGGUUGACUUUUGCUGUGGAGAGAAACGUUAAAGAGCUAGACAUCUGCUUAGUAAGAACAAAAUCUGGUCAGAGAUACAAACCCUUGUACUUGUCAAAAACUCUACUUCUCAAGAGCACAAAAUCAUUAACCGUCCUAAAGUUGGAGAAUGUGAUCGUAGACCUAGAGUCGACUGACGGAAUUGACCUGCCGUCUUUAAAAACUAUGACCCUUAAAUUCGUGGAAUUUAGGACUCGCUUGCCAUUCUUGCGCUUACUCUCCCGGUGCCCUCUCCUUGAGUAUUUGUUGUUGAAUGGGUGCACUUGGCCCUCAUCACAGCUUAAACUUUCGAGUUCGAGUCUCAAAUCCUUACAACUAGCACCGGACAGCUCCCAGAUAAUUUCUAAAGUUAAAGCUGUGAAUCUCGAAUCUUUUAUAAUUCAUUGCUUUCAUGAUAUCCUCCCUUUUAUUAAGAAUAUAUCCUCUAGAUCUUGCCAGAAAAUUAGACAUCUAGAGUUUGGUUAUAGUACAGAAAUGAGAAGCUCUUGGUUUGAAGACUUGGAUUUAAGAUUUCCCCACCUUGAAAGAUUGAUUUUACGCCGAUGCCAGGAACCCCUUGGGGAACGUAUCAAGAUCUCUAGUGAGCAUCUAAAAUAUUUUCUACUUUUUAGUGAUUCUUUGAUGUCGGGCUUAUUGUGCAUGUCUACAAAUUUUCCAAAUUUAUCGGAGGCUGUAAUCAUACUUGGGUCUAACGUGCCCCGUCACAUCAGCAUGGAUCCCAUCAGAAGGAUGCUUCAACUAAGAGAUUUUCUUGGACAGUUUGAUUGCUCAAGAAAAGUAAGUCUACAUGUUUCCGACGCUGAGGUAUAA